UGCUACGCUAAUUCCGUUUCCGGUUCGGUCAAGCGCGCGCUCUUCAAAACCCAGCGAGGGAAGGCGGCCAGGAGACGCGCCAGUGCCUGACUUACUUUUCCAUCAUACUUGACUCCAGCUUGUAUUUGUCUGAAGAACCGCACCGACAUUUUAGCAAACACUGCAAGGUCUGAGAAAAUGGUGCCCAUGACCACACGCAAGAGAAAGCUGUCCUCUGUGGACAAGGACGGUCACCCGGCCAAGAAGGGCUUGAGGGAGCAGACGUCCCCAGUGAAGAGCUCUCCUAGGAAGAAGCCACACGGCUGUUUGAACAUGGAGAACCACCCAUCGCCACAGAAAUCCCCUCGUAGAGCUGCAGGCUCUCCAUUCAAACCUGCAAUGGUUACCAGCUCCUUCUACGGCGCCAAGAAGACAGGCUAUCUCACGCCGUUGGAACGGAAAGCUGUGAAGGAAUGGCUGCCUUUUCCUCCUCCAGCUCAGGUUCAGAAGCCGGUUAGGAAAAGCAACAAAAAGGGAGUGAGAGGAGGCAAACAGACCAAGAUAGCGGCAGGCACGAUGGCCAUCAAAAGCUACGCCGCCUCCACCAAGACCAUCAAGUUGUCCAAGCUGAACCGCAGCAGUAAUGCCAACGCUAAAACAUCACCCGCUGCCGCCAGCAAGCCAGCAGAGCCCAAGAAGGCCAUCACCGUCACCUUCAGCAGCCUCAAGCCCAAACCUAAGAUCUUUGUGGGAGCAGCUUUCUUCAGCACGGCCAAGAAGCCCACGUCCAUGUACAAGAAGUCCUCCGCCAAGCCGGCCGCCGUCCAGGGGAAGAGCAAGAGUCAGCGGCCUGAGCACACACGGGAACGUCCAGCAGAGACUUCCAUCAAACCCAUGAAAAAGGAGACGGAGCCACCGAGAACCAAGUUUGACCCGACGCACUGGUUUGACUCCUUGGAGGACCUGCCUGGGACCCCACUCAGUUCCCCAGACGUCCUGCUGGAGAAGGUGAUCACGAAGGAGCUGAAAGUUGUGCUAAAGAGGACCCCAACAGCGGCCAGUGGGACAUGCGUGUCUUUCAGUGCUCAGGAUGAUGCAUCCAAGCCUCUUCUGGAUCUCGAUGAUGAAAGGCCUGCCAGUGCCCCCUCCACACCGCCCAAAGAAUGGGCCGCUGUGUAUCCCAUCUUCAGCUCUGCUUCCAAAAGGUCAAAGAACAUGCGACCUCUGCCGUCCUGCAGCACCCCCACUGGCCCGGCAUCCACGGCCAAGGAGCGAUCGGCACGCAGGAGGAAGGACAGGCAGGAUGAUGACCAGCUUGUCAUCGACGCAGGUCAGAAGCAGUUUGGCGCCACCACCUGUAGCUCUUGUGGAAUGGUGUACAGUGCAGACAACCCAGAGGACCACUUCCAACAUGACCAGUUCCACCAGUGCCUCCUGGACUCCAUCAAGUUUGUGGGCUGGAAGAAGGAGAGGGUGGUGGCCGAGUUCUGGGAUGGAAAGAUCCUCAUGGUCAUGCCAGAUGAUCCCAAAUACGCCAUCAAAAAGGCUGAGGAUGUGCGGCGGGUAGCAGACAACGAGCUGGGUUUCCAGCAGGUGACUCUGAGCAGACCCUCACAGGCCAAGACCUACUUGUUCAUCAACAGCGAGCGCAUGGUGGUGGGCUGCCUCGUGGCCGAACCCAUUAGACAGGCCUUCAGAGUCCUGGAGCAGCCGGAACAGGUCAAAGACAUGACCAAGGACAACUUCAUGGACCGGCACCGGGCGUGGUGCUGCUCCACUGUCCCGGAGAAGGCGCUGUGCGGGGUCAGUCGCGUCUGGGUAUUGAGCCUGGCGAGGAGACGGGGAAUCGCUCGCCGUAUGCUGGACACAGUCAGGAGCACCUUCAUGUAUGGCGGCCAUCUCACCAAAGAGGAAAUCGCCUUCUCUGAUCCGACGCCGGACGGCAAACAUUUUGCAACGGCUUACUGCGGAACAGCGGCCUUCCUCGUCUACAACUUCAUCGCCUGAAGCGAUCCAUCACCCAACCUGUGCUGGAAUGACUCCAGAAGAUGGCUGGGCCUACACAUGUUCAAUGUCAGCCAGUAGUUGUGUUUUGUAUAUUUGCUGUUUAUUGGAGAUUUUUAUCCAUGAAGUUUUGGCAACUUUCGGCAUUGAAGUGUUCCUGACAUUUGUUGGAAGAGAUAGCAAGCCUGCUAAUCUCUACGUUUUAGGACUAUAGCAAAGCGGUCUUUUGUUCAGCUGUUCCAGACACCCAACAAAAACCUACUCUGACAUGUAGAAGAUAUAGGUAAAUAUGUUACUGGUGAGUGGAUGGAACAUUUGAGGAAAAACAGCAAUCAUACGAAAACUUGGGAUUACAAAGAUUUGACCCAACUUCCAUCAUUUUUAUACUAUUGUAAAAAGGCUAACCCCCCAUUUCAUCUUUAAUGUGCCAUGGCCACAAGAGUCUUUAGUUAAAGUCCAUCGUUUAUUACAAAAAAUGAGUAAAAGACAAGUUGUGUGGUUGAUUAUGACCGAGUAUUAGAAUAGAGGAGUUAGACGUAUUCUGGUCACCGGGUGUCGGCCAUGACAUGACCUUCCCACUGCAUGAGUCAGCCAUGGCAUACUACCAGCAUGGCAGUGACAAGUUGGCCCAUUCCAUGAGGAAGUGGUAUGUGCUAUGCAAGAGGGGGCAGCGUAUGAAAAAUACUCAUAUUGGCAGGUCUAUAUUUGGGAAAAAGAGUUUGGGAUUAUGGUGUAAAUAGGUUUAAUAAACAUG